AUGUCUCUGAAGUGUCCCACCAGUUUUCACGCUGCAAAUGUAUUAUUGUUUAAAGCUGUUUGUGUUCUGCUGGAGCUCAUCAGGUUGUUUCUAAAUUACUGUUCUAAAAUGAGUGUAUGCCCAACAGCAGGACCAACAGGAUCUCUGUGCAUGUGUAAGUAAAAACCCCAGAAAGGUCCACGGACCAAGGCGUAACCACCUCGUGUCGUUACCCAACCUUCCUCACUACUGAUAGGGAAUUUAAAGCCACGUAAUUGUGAAAUUUAUGUAGUGGCUCUCUGGAGUGGGGUUUGAACUGCCACUUCAAUUACCCUGUGCGCUUCAUCGACUGUACAGCCUUGCCGGGGACCGCCAUCCUUCACAUUUAAAUCGCGGGAAUUCGUAUUUUUCUUUUUGUUUGGGCUGGAUUUUUCCCUGUUGUUCCCCUGUUGAGUCCCGCCAAAACCGCGCGCCGCCGCGCUCGAUUCUCCCGCCAACACGCCCCGGGGGCGGGGCCGGCGGAGCGGGCCGAGCCAUUACCCUGCCGGGGGGGUGGGGGAUGUGUGUCAGCGUCUGAGGGCGCGGGGCGCCGCAGCGCUUUGCCUCUCGCCCCCCCCCUCCGCACCUGUCCCGUGGAGGCGCCCCGCGGGGAGGCGGGGCGGGCGCGUCGCUCAGCGCCGGCGGGAGAUGCGAAGUGGCUGAGCGGGAAGGCGGCGGCGCUCCCUCGGCUCUGCCUCGCUGCCAGCCUCGCCUGCCAGUCCCUCAGCGCCCGGCUCUCCUUCACCGGCCUCCUCAGCUCCCCGCGCCCGCCUCUGCCUCCAGGCCUCCCUCCCGAUACCCCGCGCCAUGUCCUUCCGCCAGAGGAGCCCGCACGGCAGCGCGAAGAGCAGCCCGCAGCACGCCCCGCGCUGGGCCCAGGCGCGGAAGCGCGGCGCCGAUGGGAAGCGGCGGAGGCAGAACGAGCCCGAACCCUCCGUGUUUGAGGAAAACAAGCCCAGGCCUGAGGACAGCCGGCUGGACAGUUUUACAACACCAGAAGGUCCUGGACCCCUUUCCAGGUGUUUAGACUGGGGAACUGCAGUGGAAGAAGAUGAAAUGAGGACCAAUGUUCACAAAGAAAUUGCAAGACACAGAAGAAAACUCCUGAUAAAUGAAUUUUCAAGAGAAAGGAAGUCCUCCUCAGGAAGUUCUGAUUCAAAGGAGUCCACGGUGACAGUAGAACUGGAAACAGAUGAGGUGGUUUUGAUGAGAAGACAAAAACAGAUAAACUAUGGAAAAAACACAAUUGCAUAUGAUAGAUACAUUAAAGAAGUUCCUAGAUGCCAUCGUAUACCAGGAGUUCAUCCCAGAACUCCAAACAAAUUCAAGAAGUACAGCCGUAGGUCAUGGGACCAGCAGAUCAAACUGUGGAAAGUGGCACUGCAUUCCUGGGAUCCUCCAACUGAAGGAGGAUGUGAUCUGCAGGAAAUUUGUCCUGUUGACCUUGGUGAGAUGGAGACAGAAUCUGUUGGAAGCAAUUCUACUGAAUCUCAAACAAGCUGUCAAGAAAAUGAUGAUACCUGUUCUGGCACUCCCACCAAAGUUAGACAUGUUGAGUAUCAAGCAGAAGGAGAAUUUGACUUGGAAGUGUGUUUGAGUGAGCCACUGAAAGAAUUUGAUACUGUGAGUUAAAUAGUCUUGUGCAACCUGUUUUAGAGAACAUUUAUUUUAAACUUGAGAGGUUAGCUUGAUCCAUAACCUGUUAAUAGUAAGAAACCUGCAGCAAAGUUGAAGACUGUUCUCAAAGCUGUGAUUGGUCUAGGUAUUCUCCAGACCAAACUUACAUGAAAUUGCAAUUAAGUUGUAUGACUUCUUGUUAACUUUUAAUUUAUGUAUAUCAGAUUUUUUAUAAAACUUUUCAAUAGUAAAACUAGCCAAUGGCAGUGCUGUCCUCUAGUAAUUAAAACCAGCAAGAUCUUACCAAUUUCCCCCACUGUGAACAUGAUUUCAGUUCUCUACCUGCAGAUCAAGAGCCAAGUUGAGGGAUUUUUCUUUUAUGUUUCCUUGCUUUUACAUAUGGCUCUUGUAACCUGAAGAAAUGCACGUGGUACUGUGCAUGUGGCUGAUUAGUACUAGUAAAGCCCAUCUACUGCAGUUACUGUAAGUUUAACUACCUUACCUUAAAAAAAACCACUUUUUUUUGCAAAAAUAUUUCAGAAACAAUUGGAAGUUUAAUACCCUCCAGAAGUUGGAGGUCAACAUGGUAAAGUCUAUGCAAUAAUGUUGGCUUUUUUUAUAGAAGUAGUAGCUUUAACUUGAAAUUUGUAAAUAGUCAUCAGUCAUUUAUUAAUGCAGUCAAGAAAACAAUGUCUAGAGAAAGUGCUUGAUUCUUUCAGUUUUCUGGUUUUAAAUGUAAAACUGUUGUAAAUGUUACCAACUGUACAGAUUUUCUGCUGAGAGCAGUUCGUGGUUCUAUUGCUUUUGCGUGGGAAGUUGCUGGAAAAUAAACAGAACUGCAUUUACUUUUA